GCCCACCCCAAUAAAGCGCAAACCAGCUACUGCAUGACCAUUGCUCAGCUCUUUUCACCGAUCCGUCUACCAUUUCGAAGACUGUUGAGCACAUCCACCAUGCCCUUUACAUACGAGGAAGCUGUAACAAAGAUAGUGGGCUUGCAAACCAAUGCAGCCGUUUUGGAUGCUUUGCGAAAGGCCGGUCCAAGAAUGAACGAUAAAAGUCUUCCCGAGAUGCGCGACUACUUGCGCAGAAUCGGAUAUGAGUCCAAGGACUUGGACUGUAUGAAUAUCAUUCAUGUUACUGGAACCAAGGGUAAAGGAUCAACCUGUGCCUUGACCCAGUCCGUCCUUCAUAACUGGACAUCACCAGAUGGAAAGCCAUUGAAGACUGGCCUUUUCACAUCUCCUCAUCUGGUUGCUAUGCGUGAGCGUAUCCGUAUCGAUGGUGCCCCCAUCUCCGAAGAUUUAUUUGCAAAGUACACGGAAGACGUAUGGAAUAGACUCGAAGCAACCAAAGAUCAAGCUGCUUACCUCCAGCACAGCCAAGACCCCAAGAAGAUUAUCAAAAACCAGCUGCCUAAUCCCGAUAAGCCUGCCUACUUCCGAUUUUUAACCCUAGUGGCUUUUCAUGCCAUGAUGCAGGAGAAGGUCGACGUUGCCAUUCUCGAAGUUGGUGUAGGUGGUGAAUAUGACUCGACCAACAUCGUCGAAAACCCCAUCGUAUGUGGUAUCACUGCGUUAGGCUUGGAUCACGUCACUGUCCUAGGCAAUACAAUUGAUUCUAUUGCCUGGCACAAAGCUGGCAUCAUCAAGAACAAAGUGCCUGCUAUAGCAUUUAAUCAGGUGCCUGAAGCCAUCGAGGUUAUCAAGCAGCGAGCUGCUGAAAAGGAGGCUCCUCUUCAAAUCAUCUAUCCCGAAAAUGUCACAGCUCUUGAUAAUGUUGAAAUAGGACUUCAUGGUGUUCACCAACGCUACAACGCAUUGGUUGCCGUUGAGCUGUGCAAAAUAUGGUUGGAGAAAUGCAAAGGCGUGAAGUUUGAUGAACCUCAAGGCGUUGUCCCCGCCAGCUUUUUCAAGGGACUCAAGGAAGUCAAAUGGCCAGGUCGUGGCCAGGUUAUGCCUGUUCAAGAUACCAAGUACGCAAGUGAAGUCCAACCUGAUACCGACUUAAAAUGGUACCUAGAUGGAGCCCAUACAGCAGAGAGCUUACAAGUGUGCGCCGAGUGGUUCAAAGAUACCGUGAAGGAAAAGGACGACAACACGAAGCGUGUUUUGGUAUUUAAUUGUACACACGGAAGAGAUGGUUUGCGACUGCUGCACAGCAUUUCAGCUAUCCAUAAAGUGGUCCAAUUUGACCAUGCCGUUUUCUCCACAAAUGUAACCUUUAAGAAAGGCUACACAGCAGACAGCGCCAACUUCACCGUGGCCAUUGACGAAAAGUUAACGUUACAACAUGAGCUAGCCGAUGCCUGGAUGAAACUUGUUCCAGAAUUUCCACAGGACCAUAUUCACUACGCAGCUAGUGUGGAGGAAGCCGUUUUGUGGUCGGUUGAUUUCAGCCAAAAAGCGGGACUUGGCCAGAAGACGCAAGUGCUAUCUACCGGCAGCUUGAUCAUGGUUGGCAAUACGCUGACGGUGAUGGAUAUCCCACCUCAAUAAUAGAACGAAAUAUUGAGUGGGUGGGGGGUGUCCGGGUACACACAGUCUUAAAAAAAAUAAUAGCCCAAUGAUCAUGCGAGGGAAAUUUCCUAUAAAUCCUCCCUUUAAAUUUCACACACAACUCAUAACCCCCUCUUUUCUCUCUUUAUAACAAGUUUUUUCUUAUUGUUCCAUUCUGAAUUAUUACCAUGGUGGUAAGCAGUGAGAUUAGCGGUCAUCUCAAGCUAUUGCUGAGAUUCAACCCAAAAAC